CAUCUUUGUUUACCUGUCGCCGUCUGAAGACUUGAAGCUUUCCGGAAGAGUUUGCUAACCUGAUCACAAGGUAGGAAGCUGUCUUUAUCAACGCUGUAAUGAACCACGCUGUGGACUUUAUUUCAAAUAGUUUUUCUAGACUGAACUGAUUUUUAAAUCGUAUUGAAUGAUCUUUCAGGCCACUUUGAACCCACAGGACACAGUGGGAUCUCUGAAGAUACUGAUCCAUGAGAAACUAGGAGUCGCCCCUCAGAGCCAGAAGCUGGUGUUCGUGAACGGCCAGAAGACCCCUCUCAGCGACGACUCACAGCCUGUCAGCUUCUACGGCCUGCAGCCGGGCUGCCAGGUGUCUCUGCUGGUGACACAGCCGGCUACCGUCCAGGUGUUCCUCACAAAUCUACAGGGGAGGACCAGCACCUAUGAUAUCAAACCUGACGAGACUGUGAACGACUUCAAGACCAAGGUCCAGCACAGAGAGGGGCUCCCUGUGAGCCAGCAGAGGCUCAUUUAUGAAGGCAGGGAGCUGACGGGUGGUAGACUUUCAGACUACAACGUCAAGGCGCAUAGUACCAUCAACCUGAAUUCCCGUCUGAGAGGAGGCUGAGGACCCUUCUGCUUUACAUGUUAGACAAAGAUAAUCUGCAGAUUUUUUGAUUAUAUAGAAAUUAGUAUUUGUUAUUUAAUUGUAUUUCCAUUUCGAAAAAAUCAAUGCAUUCCUUGAUCUGUAAUUCUGUCAUAUCUUUACAAUGACAAUACAAAUGCUAUACAACACAACCUGGCACGUUAUAUCCCUUAAUUUUAUUUUUACAAAUGCACGUUUUGAUUUUGUCAACUGACAACUGUUAAAUAUUUUUUUUAAAUAAAGCUCUAAAUAUGAA